AUGAAGGGGGGCCCCAAACAAGCGGCGCUCGGGUCAGAAGCCAUGAGAAACGAGUUCAACAGGACAAAAGGAGACGUUUCCCUGUGGAGAGAUGCAGCAACGGGGGCAAGAAACGCGUGGUGUUACAGGCCCAACACGGAGGCGCUGCUGCAGUGGCUGAGGCUGCAGCAACUCGCUGCUCCACACUCGGCACAAGACACUUCGCAGGAAGAGAACCAAGUCACAGCAGCAACGGCAAAAGCAUCAACAGGAACUACAGCACCUGCAACUGUGGCUUUCUGCGCCUCCCGCGGUCCAAGAAGUGCCCCGCCAGUGGUGGAGUGGUUCAACCCAGCUUCUUCAACUCAGCAGCAGCAGCACGAGAAGCUUCAGGGUUGGCCACAUGACCCCCACUAUGAGGGUCAGGGUGGAAGGAUACAGGUAGAGCAGCAGCGGCAGCGGCAACAACAACUGUAUGCAUUAGACAGCUCGGAUGUCCGUUCUUUGCUACUGCAGUGUAACACCAUUCUGUCUGUUGAUCUGGGUGCAAGAAAGACAGGCUUAGCUGCUGCAGUGCGGAAGCACCGGUUUCAGCACGGGGGCGCUGCAACAGCAGCACUACGCUUCCCGCUGCAGGGGCAGCAGUUGCUGCAACAGCAUGAAACUGCAGCAGCACAAGAAGCCCUCCUCUUGGACUCCGACUACUCAAGCAUGUUUACUGUUUCCCCCCUAAAGGUUGUGGCUCAUGAAGUGGAUUUUGCUUCGUUUCUGCCCCAACUGCACCAACAGAAGCAGGAGCUGCUACAGCCUGCAGAUCUGCUGGUCCUGGGGUUGCCUCUAAACCCCUGUCUCCCUCCACACUUGCGCUUCCAAACCCGUCGGGUGUCCCGCCACCUCGCUUUGGCUCGGAAACUAGAACGCGGACCAAAAACAGCAGCAGCCGUUCCGUUUGUGCUCAUGGCCAUUGAGAGACACACCAAGCUGUCAAGAGUAGAGGUGGGGUGA